AUAAGGCGAAGCAAGCCCUCUGAGUUACCUACAAAUUCCCUUGAACAGCUUGUCAUCCCUCCCUUCAGUUUUUAGCGCGAGAAGACAGCUGAGCUCCGAAGCACAUCUGGCGCUGGGGUUCGGUUUUUCACGAGCGGCAGUCAGUCCCCGGGGCUCCUCUCAGAACUCGGGGGGCCUGGCUCAGACAGCCUGUCCUCGUGUGGGUGCCGGGCUGGCUCCCCCGCCCCGACAGAUGGCCCCCCAGCUCUGCGGGCACACGUCUCCUUCCACAGAGCCAGCCAAGUUCCAUUUUGGGAGAACACAGAUUGUUAGAAAGCUCUUCCUUAAAUAGAAUCAAAGUUGGCUUCUCUUUAACCCUCUCCCCUCGGCUCUGCUUGGCCCUCGAGAGCCGUGCUGGGGAGACGUGCUUCUCCUCUGUGGACUGACCACCCUUUUCCAGGCCUCCUCCCCCGCCAGGCACAUUACUGCCUUGGAAACGUUUGUACCUAGCAUUAUUUAAUGUAAAAACACCAACAAAGCUAUGUUCUGAACAUCCAUACCUAUUCGUGGCAGUUAAUAUUUGUAGUCUAGAGACUGUUGGAGGUCAGUAUGCCCACUGCCGGGGAGAAAUGCCCCCAUUCAUUGUCUGUCGUUUUUGCUUCCAUGUGUUUGUCGUGGUCACCCAGAACCUUGCUUUUGUUGGACAAAGAGAGACCUUGUUGUCUCGCCGUGAGUUUUCCAUUGCCCCCCUUGAACGGUGUCACAGAGAAGGGAGGUACCCCGACAAGAACCACCGUGGCGGUGUGACUUAUUUCUCCAUCGUCAGACCUGACAAGGCAUCAGCGUCGAGAAGGAAGGUGGGAAAACUUUCCGCGGCCUCUCCUGCCGCCCACUGGUCUCCGUUACAGAGAAGACUGGAGCUAAAGCAUCCGUGGCUUCCUGUGUAAACUACCGUGAUGGGUGUACUGUUGGAAUUAUAGUGUGAUUGUAGACUGAUUACGCACCCAGCAGAAAUUCUCUCUACUGUGUAUUAGAAGGCGUGAAAACAACGUCAAAAACACCACCACACAUGUUGACCUUCUAAUAGCGACUCAUGACAUCAUCCACGUUUGUAAUUCUACUGCCAUGGAAAUCCACCCAGUUUCUAAAGCCGUGGUUAAGAUUUCCCCGGCAGGCACCUGGUUUGAAACACAAUUUCCUGUGUUCUCCUUGCGUGUUGGCAUCUCUAACUGCAGGCCUCGGCAGGACCCGCAGGAAGACAAGCGCACGCGAUGCAUCGCCCACACCCAGCAUGGACGCGGAGUUCCCCGCCAACGGGGGCGGCGCCGACCGCAUCUACGACCUCAGCAUCCCGGCCGUGGUCAAGUUCGCGUACGCGGCCGAGCGCGAGGACGAGCUGUCGCUGGUGAAGGGCUCGCGCGUCACCGUCAUGGAGAAGUGCAGCGACGGCUGGUGGCGGGGCAGCUACAACGGGCAGGUGGGCUGGUUCCCGUCCAACUACGUGCUGGAGGAGCUGGACGAGGCGGCCGCCGACGCGCCCGGGGGCCCGAGCCUGCGGCCCAGCGCCGCGCUCAGCAACGGCCAGGGCGCGCGGGUCCUGCACGUGGUGCAGACGCUGUAUCCCUUCAGCUCGGUCACGGAGGAGGAGCUCAACUUCGACAAGGGCGAGACCAUGGAGGUGAUCGAGAAGCCCGAGAACGACCCCGAGUGGUGGCGCUGCCGCAACGCGCGCGGCCAGGUCGGCCUGGUGCCCAAGAACUACGUGGUGGUGCUGAGCGAGGGCCCGGCCCCGCACGCCGGCUCUGGCCCCGCGGGGCCUGCGCGCUCCGGCCGGUUCGCGGGCCGCGAGUGGUACUACGGGAACGUGACGCGCCACCAGGCCGAGUGUGCGCUCAACGCGCGGGGCGUGCAGGGCGACUUCCUCGUCCGCGACAGCGAGUCCUCGCCCAGUGACUUCUCCGUGUCUCUCAAAGCAUCAGGGAAGAACAAGCAUUUCAAGGUGCAGCUGGUGGACAACGUCUACUGCAUCGGGCAGCGGCGCUUCCACACCAUGGAUGAGCUGGUGGCGCACUACAAGAAAGCCCCCAUCUUCACCAGCGAGCGCGGGGAGAAGCUCUACCUCGUCCGGGCGCUGCAGUGAGCCCAGGGGACGCGCCCCGGAAAGGCGCCCCGGCCCGGGCUCUCCUGCAGGCCCGCUCCCGGUGGUCGUCCCGUCCUUGCUCUCUCCAGCUGGUUUCCCUUUCUGUCCGGGUCGGGUCGUUUGCCAUCCGCCCUCCUUUGCCGUCCCAGGCCCUCCUGGACGGUUUUAGUGACGGGGAGGUGGAAGGGGGCGAGUCGGCUCACUUUAUUCCUCUCUGUGGGAGCCAGCCUUAGUCUGUUCAAGUCGCUCGUGCCAGCAAACCCCCCCUUUAAAGACAUCGGGCGCGGUUUGGACGCACCGGAGCUGCCCUUACUUCCGUGAGCCACAGCGCACGUGACAGCGGGGCCAGGCCCUGGGUGGCACCUGCCCAGGGACCACCUGUCCUGGUCCCGGCAUCCCUGGAUCUGUGUCAUUUGCGUUCACACAGCUCCCAGACUCUCCGGGGGUGACCCCGGGCACUCGUAGCAAUACUGGAACCACCGGGUGAGAUGGGAGGGGAGAAGCUGUCCAGUGCCUUUGGGGCUGCACUUGCAAUAAAGAAAAGAAGUCCUGGAAAGUCAGUCCGGAGACUCGGAAGGACAGAGGUUUCGGAAAUGUUCCCCCAAGAUGUGCCAUCUGCAUAGUGCUUUUUCCUGUUGCCCUUCGGCUCGUUUCAAUUUCACAAUGAUAUAUUUAAUUCUCAAAGUAAUAUGUAUCUAUAGCCAUUGGUUGACACUAAUACAGAUGAUUAAGGAAAACAGCUGAUCUUUGGGAAAGGGGAGCGACCAACACUUCACACACACACACACUAUAUAUAUAUAUAUAUAUAUAUAUAUAUAUAUAUAUAUAUAUAUAUAUAUAUAUAUAUAAAUUUGCUUUACAGGGAAAUUUUUCAGGGUUUACAAAAGGAUAUGUGAUUGGUAGUAGGAGACACAGAAUGUUUAUGAAGAAAUUGCAUUUUCUUUUUUCUUUACAUUUGAACUCCUUUAUAGUUUAAAUAUACACUCUUGAGAUGGCACAUUCCUACAGCUGAGGAAGGGGUCUUGAGACCUCCUAAACUUGCAUACUCAGUUUUUUGGAUAUUGUAAUAAAAAAGUAUUAUGACACGACUCUGUGUGUGUUCGUCUG